AUGUCCAAAAUUGAGGAUUUAUGGUGGAUGGGUGAUCGCGAUCCUUCAAUUCUCUGUGGCUGGUGCAACUUGCGCAUGACAGCGCUAUAUGCAGGCUCUGUAGCGCGUCGUUAUGUCACAGGGUUGGUGUGGGCCCUGAGCGUCGUCAACCUAAUUAUUUUUAUCGUUGGCGCUGCACAGCUAGCACAUCUCCCGACGAGUGCACUCACAGAAGAGCUUGAAGAGGCACUCUCGUUCCUGGGAUGUGGAGUGGACAAUUACUUGUCAUCAUUUGUGUACGCUCCUUUUGUCCUCCCCUCCCUCACUUUGCAAUUCCACCGUCGGCGUAGCGGCCAAGGCGCGCUCUUUCAUCCUCGUUUUCAACAUGAAGAUGCGAGUUAUCUUGAGUUUACAGCCUAUUCCACAGCCUGGAUAGUCAGUCUCGUAUACGACGCCGUCGUCUUCUGUCUUACGGUCAACAAAUAUUUGAACCUGGGAUGGUCGAACCCGAGAACUUUGUGGCGUGUCAUGCUGCAGGAUAGCAUCACGUACUUCAGUGCGCUCUUGUUAGUGAACCUCGCCAACAUACUGGUGUUGCUGUACGCGCAAGAAAUAACACGGGGUACCGCCACCACAUUGACGAAGCUGUGA